GCUGGUCACACUAGCACCAAACACCUACCGACGAUUCAAGGCUGUUUGAGUGGAGUGUACAACGAGCUCGGACGAUAACUGCUGACGAUAUACUCUAGAUCUAUACCUUUUGAGGACAGGUCUAUAAAAGCCCUAGCCUCUGACCACUACUUUGAGUUUGAGUUUCAGGCAGAUUGCCGAUGCCGACCGCUAUGACGACAAUGGCGACUGUCUCGACGUCGGACAUGCUACCUCAUAAAACGUCUGGCAAAGGUUCGUCGACGACGGAGGCAACGUUACAAUCACUGUACAACCGUGCAGCGAGAGCAUUCCUUCACCGAGACAUCACAAUCACAUUCACCUUGUUAACCGCUGCAUUCGCACUGCUCCCACCUCCCCUUGCGCCCUCACCUGAUCCCCUAGAUGUACACCGGAGAAAGUGGGAUAUCCUUCGCAUCACCCUCGAGACCACCGUCUUCUCUUCUACUCCAGACAUCGCUGAUUUACCCCAACCACUCCGAGAAUUCCUACUCUUGUCUCCCCAAUCAUUUAUUUCCACUUUGUGUGCUCGAUCUCUCACUCUAUUUACUCCUUCAUCUCUGCAUCGAAAACCUAGCUCCGCGUUCCUUCCACACCAAGUCCUCAUCACACUCGUCGCAUCCAGUAUCAAGAUAGAUUGUCCAAGUGUUGGUCGUGAGAUGACAGAGGACUGGUUAUCAAAACGCGGUCAAUAUGACUUUGUACCUUCCACAGGUGAACCAUACCACAAAGUCCUGGAACUCUACUGCUUGCAUGUCUUGCCUCGUUUGGGCGAGUGGGAGUACGUCAAAGAAUUCCUGUCCUACGAAAAUGAGCUCUCGCCUGACAAAAAACGCGAACUUUAUUUGGCCCUCGAGGCUCAACAUGCUCACGCGCUAAAGAGUACAAGGCGGGAGACGCCAAAACCUGAGACUCCUCCCUCUCCUACACCAAUACCUCCACUCCGCUCUUUAUCUCCAGCCUCUUCCUCUUCCUCUCUAUCCACCACAAUCCACCCGCACCGCUCAGUUUCAGACUCUACCGUAACCAGAUCCCCUCGCCACCGCUACAAUCAAAACAUGCCCCGAGGAAGUUCAAGUGCCAGUGGCGUUCGCAUCCCCCGCAUUCCGCCAGUCGACCACAGUCUCGCGAGUGUACAACCUCCAACCUCCCUAGCACUCGUCCGAUCUUAUUUCAACCACUAUUUCACCGCAAGCAGAAUAGCCACUCUAUCAAUUUUUUUCUUCCUAAUUCCCCUUAUGUCUUUGAUCUUCCGGAGGCGGCGGCGCUUGGAGACACCUGCGGACUUAGUACGGAGGAGGUUAUUGGAAGCCCGUGGUGAUUCGAUUGUGAGACGGUUAUGGAAUGAGUUGGUGAGAGCGGUUUUGGAUACUGUUAGGAUGGGUGGCGGGGGACUUGUAUAACUUACGGACGCGUCUGCUUAGUAUCAGUCUUCCUAGCCAGAUCAAGUGGAAGGAUAUUGGUGUCAGGUCAUAGGCCUCAUUGAGCUGUCUAUAGCCGUAUAACAUUGGGAGAGGACUGG